AACAGCAAGCAGCUACCGGAAGCGGAAGUAGCUAAGGAUCAGAAACGAACCAGAGGGUUGAAGGUGGUCCUGGCAGGAGUACAUGAUGAAUGGCUGAGAAGGGUGCAUGGAGGAUACAGACAAUUUGCCAGCUUCCAGCACAGGGUAAAGAAACUAUUCAAGAGCUCAGCAAAGCAUGGAAAACCAUCUCUAACACGAAUGCUGCUUUGAGACGUCUGGAAGAGAAGCUGGAUGUGGGACCCACAAGAGGUGCUGUGUGUGACCCCUUCAUGGAGACUAAGAAGCCACCAAGCAGUACAAUGCGAAAAGUUAGCCGAAAGGAUGGGAGAUACUCAGAAUCCAGCAAUAAUUAUAUUAGCAAAUCCUCAAACCCAAGUAAAGCUGGUAGAGAGAAAUUAUCCCGAAGUCCCCUGCGUGCUACCACUCUGGAAAGUAACGUGAAGAAAACCAGUCAUGUGGUGUUUCGAGAGCCCCUGGCAUCUUACCGGGACUCUGCAAGUGCUUUAUCCACUGCAAAAGAGAGGUCAACUGUGCGGUUAUCGUCUGGUCUGAAUGCUGGAGGAUCAGAGGAAAGAGAUUUUGAUAGCACUCGUUCCUCGGCUGUGGAUGACACUGCAGUACGAUUUUUAAAUGACCAACCAGCCAUUGAUGCUUUGGAAUGGAGAGUACUGACACCUCACAGUGGUGCCUCCGAGUUUACCUUUCAAACAGAUUACGCAAGGACAGGGCCACUUGAUGCAGCUCAGCAAUCCCUUUCAUUCAGCCCAUCAAGUAACAGGCUAGAGGCAUUAAAGAGGCGGCAACCUGAUCCCAAAUUAGAUAAGCUAAAGGAGAGAAUUCGCCGACAGUGGGAGCUGUCUGGAGAAAGGCAUGCUGGUGACCGAAUACCUAGUACAACUAAUUUUACAGAGACUAUUAGCAGUGUAAAGACCCGCAAAGUGACAUCUGCUCCCCCUCCCCCUGUUUACCCAGGAUUUAACCCCGCUGAAAUGAAGGUCCGUACUCCAGAUGGCAAGCUCUUGCAAGAAGAGGAGUUUAAAAACCUCAGCCCCCAUCUGCAUGCCUCUCUGAUGCCCACUUCACAAGACAUAUAUACUAAUGAUGAUAAAUCACGAAGCAAGAGACCAUCUAGACCGGUGAGAAAAGUACAACGAUUGCCUGGAGGUGUGGGAACUGGCAGUCCAGAGAACAAGUCAGGACAUAUAAUCAGCACAUCUUCUUGGAGAGAUGGGCAGAAGUUGGUGAAACAGAUCCUUGGCCCUGCACCCAAGGCUGAGAAAUCUUCUUCAAAAAAUAUGUCCACGGACAGACAUGAUAGUAAGUUGACUUUGUCUGUUGAUGGGCAGUUGGAUAGGAAACCAAAAUCUGCUGAGAGAGAUGCAAGGAAAAGGACCGUGUCCACAGAGAGACAAAAGGACAGACAGACUGUUAAAAGAAGCUUGUCAAAAGAAACACAAGACGACGACCGGGACAGAUCCAGUAAAUCAGCCACAUCUCAACUGCAUGAUAACAUAGAUAAAUCCGCAAGAGAUCCGUCUGGCAAUACAAAGUCACAUGUACUUCUCGAUGAAAAUAAGCACCAGACUGAACCUACGGAUGUUAAGACAGAUUUUCUGCCUCUGGAGAUCAGGGGAAUAUUGAAUGAUUUACAGCUGGAUAGCACAGUUGAUGUGGCAAAGCAGACACGAAGCAGAAGCCAUAGUCCAACCAAACGGAAACCCGAUAAAGCACAUCUCAAAGAAGAGCCCCCUAUCUCCUCCAAGAAAAGGCACUAUGACACAGAACAAGUACGCCAAUACAUCCUGCGCCAGCAGGAAGAGAGGAAAAAGAAACAAAAAGAGCAGAAGGAGGCCCAGCGCCAAGCAGAGGAACAGAAAAACAAACGGUUACAGGAACUCUAUCAGAAACAGAAAGAAGCGUUCAGCAAGGCCCGAUCUGUAGCUUUUGAGCAGCAUGAAUCGAUACAGCCUAUCCCCAGUCAGUCUCUGGAUCCCAGUGCCGCGCGGCCACAAGAUUUACGGUCCACGUUGCUGCUAGGACAAGCUUGGCCUGACUUGAGUGAGCAAGAAAAGCAGGUCAAACCUUUGUAUCAGCCCUCGGGGGAGUCUGACAAGGAGAACAAGUGUCAGGAGAGACCUCCUAGUGCCUCUUCCAGUAGUGACCUGUCCCUCUCAGAACCUCUGCAGCCUCUUCUCAGGAGUGAUCUGAUGGACACGUACUGCUUGCAGCCAGACAGAUUGAUCUCAAAGGGCUCAUUACCUCAAAGUCAAUCUGCAGGGGGAACAGGAAUGCUCUCUCAACUCUUCACUCUGCCUAGGGAUGUGGAGUCUUUGAUACAUUUAAAGAAAACUACGAGCACAACGAUUCCAGAAACACAAAGAAAAGGCCUCCAGGGGAAAAUGUCCUCAAAUUUCCGGAGCAACCUUGAUCGCAUUGAGAAUCUAAAGGCAACUGCAGUGUCUCUGUCAUCUAGAAUUGAAAAUGAAGCUAAAAAACUAGCUGGAGGCUCACCAAGUCUCCCGUCGAAUUGGAAUGCUGAUGUUGAACCCAAGCAUGAAAUAAAAACUGCUUGGAAGAAACCAGACAGCCCACCUGAAAGAGAAGCCAGUGAAGACAUUUUCUCUGCCAGGCUUCAGAGGAUGCUGGGGACAUGUACAAGUAAUUUUUCCCAGAGAGACCUUCCUGGUGCUAACAGUCUUUACAAGAUGAUUCCUGACGAUUUUCAUCAAGUAAUUACAUCCCCUGGGAUAUGUGAAGUCCGAAAUGAAGAAACUCCUUUAAUACAAACAGAUCGGCUGUUUGAUCUUCAUCACAAUAUUUCCCCCAAAGCUAGUCCCUCUCAAAUUUCAAGCACCAGUUCUAUCAGUGAAGGCCCGCUGCUAAGUGAAGGAAGCCUUUCUGAAGGGGAGGGAGCGUCCCCACAUGCUGGGUCACCUAUAAAUCCAGCAGAAACUCUUAGAAAUAAAGAGUUUUGUGCUAGGGACUCCAGUUCCUAUGCUCCACUUGUUGAAUUCCAAAGGGAGGCCACAAAGUAUCCACCACUGUCAUCCUCUAACAUUGGUUCCCAAGUGAGAGGCCCUUGGGAAGAGCUGUCUAAGGGAAGUCCUCAUAGUGUCAUUAACAUCUUCACUAAAUCAUACCAACUCUUUGGGAAAGGUCUUGAUGAACAGUCAGGAAAGGGUUCACCUGAAAUCCAGCCACCCUAUGGACCUGCCAGCUCCCAGGACAGUGUAUCCUAUGUAGAUGAUUUUAUUUCUCCUUCAGCCAGUGAGAGUACAUCAGACAUUCAGAAGGUUCUGCAACAGAGUGUUGAUAGUAAUGCUUCUAGUAUUAAAGAAGAGCUCCCACUGGUCAAGUCUAGAAGUGAAGUGGCAUCAUCUCAUUCAUCUGGGUCUCGAUCUGCUGCCUCGUCCCCUGGGUCAUCAUCCUCUCAGAGACUGAAUAAACAUCGGAAAGGACAGCAGAACCUCAGCUCCCAGAAUUCUCUGGUACGUGAUCACAGCUCCUCUGGCUCGGAGCAUAGAUCGCAAGGGAACAAACGUAGUCCUACUAUGUCCCCUCCUGGAAAGGAGCGCUUGAUAGGCUCUGAUGCUACAGAGAGCACAAUUGGAGAGCUUUCACCUCGAUCCAUGUCUAGUGAAAUAUCUUUAAGGAGUAAUCGCUCAAGUGUCACAGAUGCAGUAGCUCAACCACCAAUGUUACCAAGACCACCUACAACACCAGGAUUGGGAGUUCACGCAUCAGUUGCAGCCACAGGGUCAGACCAAGGUACUAUGCGGUUUUCUCCAGCAGUGCUUCAUCAGCGCAUGUCAACGGAGCUGAAUUAUCUCAGUGCCAUGGAAGAAUCUGUGCGCCAAUUGUGUGACAUGGAGCGAGCACGUGGAAUAUCAUUAGCCCAGCAAGAAACCAUUUCUCUUGCGCAGAUUCUUAAGGCACAACAGCAACGCCAUGAGCAAAACAUGGCAGCACUUAGACAACAGGCAGAGCAAGAGGCCCAAGAAAGUUUGAGACAACUGGAAGAGGCACGGCAGAAGGCCGCACAGACACAUACUGAAAUGCUUCAACGCUUCCAGAAGACAAUGGAGACAUCUGCACCGCAGAAAACUAAAACUCAAGAGGAGAUGGAUCGUGGUUCAGUUUCUUCAAUUAGCCCUGAACCUACUGUGACUUCGCUUGUUGAUCUUCCAAACAGAGUACGACAACAUGGGACCAGGAAAAAGGGGUCUUCACCUCUGCUUUCUUCUCAGUCUUCCAGUAGUCCGUCCAGCUUUGGGGAACCUCCCCAUAGGGGUACUGAGCAGCACAGUGAAUCAGCACCUGUGAUGGAAGCCACUGUUAGCCACAGUGAAGUUGAAGAGAGCAUUUCUGAAGAGUUACCAUCCCUGUCCAGGAGCACUUUGGAGGAAAAGAGUGUGUCAUUUGAAAACAAAGAAACCAGCUCCGCAGAUCCUGUAAGUGAGGAGGGCAUAGAAGAGCAAUCGUUCCGUUCUCUGCUUCCCUCUGAGGCACACAGACGAGGAAGUCUGGAGAGGCAGCGCAGCCAUCGUCAUGAGUCUGAUGAAGAGAGCACUCCAGAGAAGGAACUCAGCGGACCUUUUUCAAGUGGUCAGGACAGUUUUUGGCGAUUCACCAUGGAAAUGGUUCGGCAGUACAUGCAGGAAGGAGAAAUGCGUUCAGCUCACCAAGCUGCUCUUCUCCGCCUUCGCCAAAAAGCUCUUAAGGACAAGACAAAGGCUGAACUGGCAUGGCUCGAACAUCAAAAACGGCGCCUAAGAGAUAAAGGGGAAGAUGAUAAGAUGCCACCCCUGAGGAAGCGACAGCGAGGACUUUUACUGAGGCUCCAGCAGGAACAGGCGGAAAUAAAACGUCUCCAAGAAGCAAACAAGGCAGCUCGCAGGGAAAGGCAACUUAUUCUGAAACAACAAGAAGAGAUCCAGCGCAUUCAGAACAGUACUCUGAGGCUGCAGGAGAAGCUGAAAUCUGCAGAGAAUGGGCAGCUGGAGCUUCCCAGUGAAGGAGAUGUUCAGCCAAGCCCUGCGUCCACUCGGUUACCCUCUGAUGCUGAGAGUCGCAGUCCCUCCCCAGUUUCUGUGUCCGGCAGCGAAACCAGCAGCAUUAUGCAAAAACUGCGGAAAAUGCACAGCCACAUGGACGCCAAAGACAUCUGCCCUGUUCACUGCUUCUUCUCUGUCUUUACGCCCCAGCACUGGGCCUCUCUCAGUGUGUGCUUUCCCAAACUUCACCCCAAAUUCCAGCUCUAUAUCUGCCGCCAGCUGCUCAGGUUUUUAACAAAAAGGGAGCAGCAACUGGUGCAACGAAGAUUACAUGCCCAAGAGCUGCUGGAAUGGAAGAAGCGGUUGGAUGCAGAGGAAAUUGAAAUCAGACGCAUUGAGAAGCAAGCACUUGCGGCUUGGGAUAACCAGAGAGCGAAAACGAAGAGUCCAGAAGUACUAAACACUACAGAAGAGCAAGUGAGCAUUGAGGGCUCUCCUGGACCGUUAAGUUCUACGAUUCCCACCAAGGCGCCUGGGAGUCCAACAUCAGCCUAUGUGCCUUCUGAGACUGUUGAACACUCAAGCAUCGCUGAACAACUCGAACAAAGUGAAGCCCACAGCAGUAUUUCUGAGGAGGUGGCAUCAUCGUUACACAGCAACGGGUCUACACAAAAACAAAGCAAGUCCUUGAAUUCUGGCAAAGAAAGUUUGAAGUCUGCAGCCCAGCAAGCCCACAUCACUCUGAGACCUCAUCAGCUGUCUCAAACCUGGUCUGAGGAAUCCUUAUCUGUAGCACAUUCAGAGACUACAUCCGACCAAAGCGAUAUCGAGUGCCGCAUUAAAGCAUUAAAGGAUGAGCUGAGAAAGCGCAAAUCUGUGGUGGACAAUCUAAAGAAGGAGCAAAAGAGAAGGCAUAAAGAAAGACUUAAAGCACAGGAAGCCAUUCUGCUUAAGCAGCUACAGUCGUAUGAUGAAUUUAUUCUAAAAACUCAAGCUGAACUCAGUAGAGAACAAGGAGCAGUGCCCAAUGCAAAGUCUAGUGCACAAACUACAGUGGAUUCCAGAGAACCAGUUGGUGUCAUACCAGAGUCCAUACAGAGCUCUGAUGGUACACCCACCUAUAAUUCUGCAAAUGAGAAUGAACAUCAUGUUGAGCCUAGCACAAAGGAUUUUGGAAUCUUCAGUCAAGAGACAUCCCAGAAGAGAAGGAGAGAGACUGAGGCAGAGAGUUUCUUGAAACAGUCUGUUCAAGGCCUUCCAUCAUUAUCUGCAAAUGAGGACGUCGGUGUCCAUGAGCCACGUUCACCUUCACACAGAGACAAUGUGUCCUACUCUACACAUAGCAGUCCAGUGUCUAGCAUCCACUCUGAGGUCCCAGAAGAGAUGCUGGAAACACGAAGUGAUCACUCUGUAUCACCUCUGCCAGUCCUGAGUCUUAAUCUGAAGAGUCCCACCACUGAUGAAAACCUACAAAGAGAACACUCAUAUUCUGAAGAUUUUGAGGAAUCUUCUCCCACAAAGCAUUCAGUUGGUGAAACCCCUCGUGAUGAGAGAGAAUUGUCAUAUGCAACUACACCUGGGAGAGAUCUUCCCAGCGAAGUUUUGGAUGAGCAUGACGAAGAGCACCUUGAAUGUAGAUCGUCAAGCCCCAUUUUGCUAGAAUUGCUUGAAACCACUCCUGCUUCUGAAGAGCCAAAACCUUCCAUUGACAUGACUAACCCUCUUGCAGACUUUCAGCUGGGAGAUAGGGUUCUGGUGAGUGGCGUACAGCCUGGCAUUCUCCGCUACAAAGGAGAAACUCAUUUUGCAAAAGGUGUCUGGGCUGGGGUAGAACUGGACAAGUCUGAAGGCAAUAACGAUGGAGCCCACGAAGGCAAACGUUAUUUUUCCUGUCUGAAUCAGCAUGGAAUAUUUGCACCGCCUCAUAAGAUUUCACACUUGCUAGUUGAGAAUGAGAAUUUACCCGAAUCUGAAGAUCACAUUUCUCCAGAUAAAAAGUAUCUUGAACCAAAGGAAGAGUUGGAUGGUUUUCAUAGUCCCACUUUUGGCGAUGUGCCUGAAAACAACGUUUUGGAGAUAUCCUCAUUAAAAAGCAAUGUGUCUAGUGCCUCAGAAGUGAGUACCAAAGCUUUGGAAGAGCAGUUUCACCCAUGUGACUUAAAUGUUGACAUCUCAGAACAAAUUUCAGCUGAUAAGGAGGACAGCCUUAACCCUCAACUUCCUCUGCUAGAUAUUUUGGACAGUGAAAAACAGCAACUCACAACCGUCAGAACUCAGGCACUGGAGCUGAACAGUCUUUCUGAAAGUCUCUUGAAAUUCUGUCUGAAGGACACUGUCACCUGUCUCCAAAAUAUACGCAAGCAACGGGCAGAUAAGAUUCUACAGAGUAACCAAGAUCUUCAGAGUUCUCCUACUACUAGUGAUAUCCAAUCAGAUAAUGACACGCCAAAUGAAGAUUUGCACCUCCAUCUGGUACCAGCAUACGAUACCAUUUCCAAACAGGAUUUGGAGGAGUUUGAACCAAGCCACAAUCUUCUUACUGUACUUGGAGAGGAGCCUGACUGGUUUGAUGAGGACUUUGGACUGAGUAGCCGCAAAGCCCAGAAGAGAGAAAUAGAAAAGAGUACGUCAGCAGAACUUACCCCUGAGCCAUGCCUAGUAGUACCCCUCCCGGAGCCUGCUCCCAAACCCAUUCUUCCUGUUCCCCAGCCAGAACCUUUGAUGGCUGUUCCUCACACUGUACCAGAAGUAGAACAGUUAGUACAAGUGGCAGCUGAUGAGUUGUGGAGAUGGAAACAGCUUGGCGGAGAUCUUCAGAAGAUAAGAGCAUCUUAUACACAAGCUGGAGAGGAGGACCAUAACACUGCUGUUUGUGCUUACAAGGCUAUUGUGUUUGACCUGACGUUGCAGAUAUUUGAUGAUAUAUGCUCUCCGGACCCUCGGGGAUCUCAGCCUCCUUGGAAGAAGCCUCCACGAGUUUCUCCACUGUAUGCCCGCCGGGUGAGGGAUCCUCACAACAUUGAAGAAGUGAAGUCUUUCUUAACAGAUGAAGUGCUUAGCCUCCUAAGUUUAAAGAAAACCCACAAUCAUAAAACAGACUGGCAGAGAAUGAUGAAGUUUGGGAGGAAGAAAAGAGACAGAGUGGAUCAUAUACUGGUACAGGAACUGCAUGAGGAAGAAGCGCAGUGGGUGAAUUAUGAUGAAGAUGAAUUAUUUGUAAAGAUGCAGUUGGCUGAUGGAAUAUUUGAUGCUUUAAUCCGAGACACUGUGCAAGUCCUGCAUCGCAUCCAAGAGAAGAAGAAUGUCACACUUCUAGUGUGAUCUACCACCAUACACUACCUUGAGGGAAAAAUCUCACUGGUCACUAGCUUCCAGUCAUGUGGACUUUAGAUAUUGGGGUUGACCCAAUAAGGAGAAGAAUCAAUGAUUGUGCUGUUCCUGUAAGGAACAAGUGUUGGACUACAAAGUAGAGCUCGACAGAGGGUCCUGUGCAGAAGAAGUAACAGAAGAGUGCUAGUUUCCCUCCUUGCAAAUGAGAUGUUCUACACUACUGGUCUUAAAUGCAAGGAAAAUCCGCUUCAUCGAUGUAUGGACUUAAUUUUUAAAUUGUUUUGACUCAUUCAUUCUUUUAAGGUUCUGAUAACCCCGAUGCAGAGGAGUCUACUAAUCACCUUGAGAUCACCUUACCUGUUGGUCUUACCUGAGCAGUUCCCAUUGCUGCAGUACAGAGACUGCAGGAGGCUGAGUAGUAUUGAUAAACUAUAUAACUUUGCAUGAACAUUUGAGGUCGGGUGCGUGCAGCUGCCUCAUAAAGUGUCCUUAACUUCUUGCAAUACUUGAAAAGUUGGGUGUAUAAUGCAAUUUAUGGGCGAUCAGAAAUCUCCCUAGAUAAGCGCUUUGUCAUAAGAGCCUGCGGGGAGAAACGUUAUCUCAUAAUGGUUGUAUCAGUUUUUGUUUUUUUAAAAAGCGUCCAUAAAAGAUCGAUUGGGAAUAAUAACAUCUUUAGCAUUAAUACCGUCUAUGGAAAUAAGGGCCUCAUAAGUCUAAAAUCUGGCAGUGCAAAUAAUGAACACAUCUCAUUAACAGGACAGACAUCCAUUCUAAUCUAGCACAUUUCAAGCGUAGCACUUAACCUUGAACAUUUCAUUACAGAUUUAUAAUUUGUUGGUCUCUGUGGAUUUCAUGAAUACGAUAUCCAACAUACUUCCACUUCAUGUUCAAUAUUCAGAGACCAUAGAAAACCUUUUGUUUUCACCAGAUUUUGAGUUUGACAAAUCUUAGUGUUUUUUUUCUGAUAAAUAUGUUUAGCUGUUUUAUCACUGACAUGUCCCAAUCUCUGAUCUCUCUGUUUAACAGGAGGGUCAGUAAGAAAUCUGUUGGUUUAUGGCCCAGUUGUACCAUGAAUACUUCACCUUGUCAUUUGAAGCUCUGCCUGAGACAUGUUGGAGCAGAGCCAUGCAGCCUGGUUAACUUGUUCUACCGUAUUAAGUUCUGCUAUGCAAUAAAAUGUAAUUAGGUGGCGUUAGGCUCUCAACCAUCAGACGGAAGUCAGAAACACUAGUAAUUGGUGUAUUUAUAGUUCUGUCUAUAGUGCUGCCAAGUCCACAAUGUCUUAAUGGACAGAAAUCUCUUCUUCAUACUUAUGUGUUACACAUGAAAAGUGCUGUCCUGCAUUAUGUAGCUUUUGUAAAUGCCACAGGCAUGAACAUUGGUAAAAUAAACAUGGAGAAAUCCUAAAAUAAUUACUUUGGCUAAUUAGUAGGUUUCCGUCCUGCAGCUUUUGAAUGCCACAAAGUGUACCACUUUUCGUGUACUGCUCAUAAUUUUGCAGAUUUGGUGUGUGCCCAGAAAGAGACAUGGUAGAUUUGGCAACCCUAUUUGUCUGGCACCCAGAAAAUAUAACCUGUAGCCUUUUUUAAUUUAUUAUUUUUUUUCUAUUCCAGUUCCUUAUAGAAGAUUUGUAAUGUGUGGAAUGAUGCACCACAACUUAGAAUAUCUCUCUUAGAAGCAGGAGUUUACAGUAAAAGCUUGUUCAUUUUAAGAAAUUGUGCUUAAUAAACUGUGAACAAAAGCAUUUAAGCCACGCGUGACAGAGUGCCUAACCUGACAUCCCUCAGAUCUGUUCAGAUUUCCGGCAGUAACCUCAAGCUCCCUUUACUCUGGUGCCGUAUACAGAUGUAUCUUGUCGCCCACAAUGCUGCAUUGUAAAGUCCCCCGCAAUGUAAAACCCUUGUGAAUAACCUGCAAAUGUACUUUAAAAGCUGUAAAUAAAUAUUGAUUUGUACAUGAGCCUGAAA